UAUCAAGCAAGGACACUCCGGAGCCCCACUGACCGGUUGGCAUACUGGACAUACAAGACAACCUACCGCAGGAAGACAGACAGGCAUCAUGACACAGGGCAAGCUGUCACUUGCAAACAAGACCACCAAUGGCUCCUCCAGUGGACAGGCCUCAGUGGCACCAGCUCCUCCCAGCUACGAGGAAGCCACUGCGGGCACCAGUGCUCCUUGCUACAAUGAUGUUGAGAUGCUCACUGAGUUCACCUGGGAUGAUCGCAACAUCAGGAAGGUCUUCAUCCGUAAGGUGUACGCCAUCUUGAUGAUCCAGCUUUUGGUCACUCUUGCUAUUGUUGCUCUUUUCACAUUCUGUGACCCUGUGAAGUACUACAUUCAAACCAACCCUGGCUGGUACUGGGCCUCUUAUGCUGUGUUCUUUGUAACCUAUCUGACCCUGUCUUGCUGCUCUGCACCAAGGAGACAGUUCCCAUGGAAUCUGAUUCUGCUUGCCAUCUUUACCCUCUCCCUCUCCUACAUGACAGGGAUGUUGUCCAGUUUUUAUAAUACCAAGUCAGUGUUGAUGUGUCUGGGCAUCACAGCAGCUGUUUGUCUCCUGGUCACAGUCUUCAGCUUCCAAACUAAGUUUGAUGUGACAUCAUACCAAGGUGUGCUCUUUGUCUUCUGCAUGGUCAUGUUCAUUUCUGGAGUGGUGCUGGCACUCGUCCUUCCCUUUCAAUACGUACCGUGGUUGGAUGCUAUCUACGCUGUCUUGGGAGCCAUACUGUUUACCAUGUUUUUGGCGUUUGACACCCAACUGCUCAUGGGGAACAAGCGGUACACCAUGAGUCCAGAGGAGUAUGUCUUUGCCACUCUCAACAUCUACCUAGAUAUCAUAUACAUCUUCUCCUUCUUCCUCCAAAUCUUUGGAACAAAACGAGAGUAAAACAUCGCCCUACCUGUCUGAUGUGAAGACAAAGGAUGCACCAGUAUGGAAAUAUAGGCAAACAUGAUAAGAGUCUUUUAAAAUUUUGGUGAUUGUGGUGACAGUGCUUCCAAUUGUAACAGCUUUAUUUUUUGCCUGAUACUGACAAGGUUACAAACAGUUUGUGAAUCUCUUGUACGGCUACACAUGUACAUAGAAGUCUGUCAGUAUUAACACCCAAGAUGUUUAUAACUUUCCCUCCUCUAUAGCAUGUUUGGGAACCCUAACCACAUUAUGGGGUUAGCUUACUAGCUUUAACAGCCAGAAACAUACAGUGAUCCGUGAUCUUGCUCCACUUAACGUAGGAAAAACAUUCUGUGAGUGUCCAUAUGAAGCUGUAUGGGUGUCUUAUAUCCAUGCUUGCAUUGGUAUCACAACAGACAAUACAUGUCAAUGUUCUUUAGGAGGUAUUUGAUCAACAGUACAUUAUGCAUGACUCUUAAAAAAGCCCUAACUAUGCCAAGUACACCGAUCCCAUCAAUGUAACUAUUGCUAUAGGUGUUGAUUUAGUUACUGAGAGCAACUUUAAAGAAUACUUAAAGAUUUUCCCUGUGUUUUCAGUUAAUUGUUUUUUAACAGUUUGAGGGUAGGUGACAUGUUUUUCUGGCUUUGAAUGACAAUCUGAAAAUGUUAUUUAUUCGAUUUGGGAUGCUGCUACUCUUCUCUGCCUUGAUUUGUUAAUCAUUUUAUAUUGUAUGGUAUAUGUGCUGCGUUUUGCUCCAUUUAACUAUGAAGCUGUCAUCCAUUUCAUUCACAUUGGCUCAGUGUUUAUUCUUAGUGUGUUCUUUGUCUAAUAUGUGUGUUGUUUGAAGAUUGUUUAGACAAAUUUUUCAUGAAAAAUAUUUAGUUUGAGCAAACCUUGAUUAUUUAAACUUAUACAGUUGGUUUGAAGUGGUGACAUGAUAAUUAAAUACAAACAUGAAAGUGCCAUACAUGCAUGGAUUUACUGUAACUUUUGAUAAGGCCUGAAUUUGUGGAGGGGCUUGAAUGCUAUAUUUCAUGACAUUUGAAGUUUAUUUUUCUAUGACGAUAUAUAUCAGAAAGUGUUUGAUAAAUGAUAAAUGGUGAGUUUAAAGCUUGAAACUUAUUUGCAAGUCUUCAA